UUCACCGUUUGAGUUGAACCUUCCCUCCUUCUAUUCUAACCUCCUUGUUUGUGCUACAGUAUUUCCCAUAACGAAAGAGUAGGUAACAAGCCAAAAGUGUUUGAGAAUUCCUCGAGUAGCCAUGCGCGCUCUAGCAGACGACGCCUUGCUUCGUUGACCUAACUUGGAUGUUCACUAUAAACCAUGUGAAUGUUGUUUACGCUAUUUACUUUUGAUUGAUAAGGAAUUUGGAAACUCCUACGUAUGAAACUGCAAUUCUAAAAGCAGAUAUGACUACUAUACUACCUCCAAAAUCUUUACUGAAAAAUCUGCACAUCCCCGAAAGAUUGUUGUUGGGGCCUGGCCCAUCAAAUUGCCCUUCAUCAGUUUUAAAGGCAUCAGCCCAGCAAAUGCUAGGUCAUUUAGAUGAAGACUUCUUAAAAAUUAUGGAAGAUGUAAAGAUGGGAAUCAAAUAUGCUUUUCAAACUACUAAUGAAAUGACUUUUGCUGUCAGCGGUACUGGACAAUGUGCUAUGGAGACUGCAAUUUGUAAUAUAUUAGAACGUGAUGACGUUUUUCUAAUUGCUUCUGAUGGAAUUUGGGGCAACAGAGCUUCUGAAAUUGGACAAAGACUAGGAGCAAAAUGCUACCAAAUGUCAAUUAGAGCUGGAGAUAUCUUGCGUUUAAAUCAAUUAGAAAAGGUUUUAGCUGAAAAAAAACCAAAAGUUGCAUUUGUUUGUCAUGGAGACAGCAGUAGUGGUGUUCUUCAGCCACUGGAUGGAUUAAAGAAAUUGAUGGAAAAAUGUGCUUGUUUGCUGAUUGUUGACUGUGUAGCAUCACUUGGUGCUGCUCCACUUUUCAUGGAUAAAAGUGGUAUAGAUGUACUCUACAGUGGAUCUCAGAAGAUUUUAAACGCACCUCCUGGUUUGUCACCAAUUAGUUUCAGUUCUAAAGCAGUGGAAAAGAUUAAAAUGAGGAAAACAAAAGUUCCGUCGUUCUAUAUGGAUGCUUUAUUAUUGGGAAAUUAUUGGAGAUGUGAUUCUGGCCCUAUAACGUAUCACCAUACUGCACCUAUAAGUUUAAUGUAUGCAUUAAGAGAAGCACUGUCUUUGCUUAUAGCUGAAACAUUAGAGAAGUGCUGGGAAAGACAUAAACUGCAUGCUGAUAUGUUGUAUGAGAAACUAGAAGAUAUGGGGCUAAAAUUAUUCGUAUCGGAAAAGGCUCAUCGCUUGCCUUCUGUUACGACUGUGUUAAUUCCAUAUGAAGUGGAUGGACAGAAUGUUAUUAAAUCCAUAAAAAACAGAUUCAGAAUAGACAUAGCAGGAGGUCUUGGAUCAACCAGCGGUAAAGUAUGGCGAAUUGGUUUAAUGGGAUACAAUUGUAAUGCAAAUAAUGUAAUGACUAUUGCAAAGUCAUUGCAAGAGUGUAUAAAUAAUAGCAAAUUAAAGAGCUCAUUAUAGUGUAAUAUAUGAUUAGUAAA